GAAACACUUCCUAGACGAGGUUGGUGUCUCUUUUUUGAACAAAGUUAAACGGAUAUUUUGUAAUUGUAGAAAAUAAUAAGGUGGUCAGUAACUGGGGUCCGUAUGCCGAUAAUACGGGACGUAUUUAUUUGUGCUAAACCGCUUCUUAAAAAGCUGAUAAUCGCAUUUCCACUGAAAUGUCAAACAUGCUAAUUGCUAACAUUUUUACGACAACAAUAACCACAAAACAUUGAUGGCCUGAUCACAGGAUAACACUGUUGAAGAUUCCUGCCUCACACGUCACACUGCUCGGCUAUAACAAGAUAAUUCCUUCAAGAUGGCGCACCUAUCCAAACCUGUAGAACAGACAUCCAAACCAUUGCAGGUGGUGUUACUUGGUAAAACAGGAGCAGGAAAGAGUGCAACAGGAAACACCAUCCUGGGACGAAACAAUUUUCUCUCAAAGAAGAGUUCCAAAUCAGUGACUGCUGAUAUUGAGAAACAAAAUGUCACCAUUGAAGGAAUAGAUCUUGUCGUGUUUGACACUCCAGGAUUCUGUGACCCCGAUCGACCUGAAGAGCAAAUUCAGGAGAAAUUCCAGAAUGUCCUCAAGUUAACCUCACCUGGUCCCCGUGUGUUUCUCCUGGUGGUGAAGACAGACAGAUUAACAGCAGAGGAGAAGAGGGUCAUCAGUAAAGUAGAAGAUCUUCUAGGAGAAAGUCUUUUGAAGCAAACAUGGAUCCUGUUCACCAGAGGAGAUGAGUUGGAAGACCAGACUAUAGAAGAAUUCAUUGCGGAGUCAGAUGACCUCACAGAAGUGAUGAGAAAAUACGGUGGAAGAUACCAUGUGUUCAACAACAAGAGUGGUGAUCCUGAGCAGGUCAAAUCACUGCUGGAAAUGACAUCCAUCUGUCUCAAUUCAACACUUUCAAGGAAUCUCCCAGAGAGAAGGAUUGUUCUGCUUGGAAAAAGUGGUGUUGGGAAGAGUGCAACAGGAAACACCAUCCUAGAUGGAAAUGAUUUCCAUUCUGAACAGAGCUCAUCCUCAGUAACACAUAAAACAGAAAUGAAGCAGGCAGCAGUAGAUGGGAGGGAUGUCCAUGUGGUUGACACUCCAGGACUGUUUGACACAGAGCUUACUGCUGAAGAAUUAACAUGUGAGAUUGGUAGGAGCAUCUAUGAGUCUAGUCCAGGGCCUCAUGCCUUCCUCAUAGUUUUAAGGGUGGAUGACAGGUUCACAGAGCAGGAGAAAAGAGCUUUUGAAAUUCUAGAGAGUUUGUUUGGGUCAGGACUGGCAAAGCGCGCCAUCAUCCUCUUCACCCAUGGAGAUGCAUUAGAGGGUAACGGUGUAGAGAAGCUGAUUGGUGGGAACAGAGACCUCAGUAGAUUGGUAGAGCAGUGUGGGGGGAGGUACCAUGUCCUCAACAAUAAAGCUAGAGGAAACAGAGAUCAGGUCACAGAGCUGAUGGAGAAGAUAGACAGAAUGGUGGAGGAGAAUGGAGGAACCUGCUACACCAAUGAGAUGUUUGAGGAUGCAGCCAGGAUUAAGAAAGAGGAGGAGGAGAGGCUCCAGAGGGAGGAGGAGAGGAUCCAGAGGGAGGAGGAGAGGAUCCAGAGGGAGGAGGAGAGGAUCCAGAGGGAGGAGGAGGAGAGGAUCCAGCGGGAGAUGGAGUGGAUCGAGAGGAUGAUGGAGAGGAUCCAGAGGGAGGAGGAGGAGGAGAGGAUGGAGAGGGAGACAAGGGAGAGGGCCAAUAUGGAGGAGAGGAUGGAGAGGGAGAGGAUGGAGAGGGAGAGGAGGAGAGAGGUCAAAACAAGAUGACAAGAUCUGUGAAAUCAUGUAAUCAGCCUUUUUGUGGUGAUUGAGUCUGCGUUCAUCACAAACGUUUCCACUGAAUACAUAACCUGUGAUGAAGGUGGUUAUGGCUGCUCUGACUGUAUGUAAUGGACCUCCUUUAAGUCAAAGUGCAGUUGAAUGUAUCGGAAUGAAUUGUGUCUUUUCUUAACGGUCUUGUCUCGCAACUUAAACGAUGCUGAUCAGUACAGGGUACAAGGGCAGCACAGUUAUAACGUAUGUGUCCUGUAGUGUGUUGCAUGUUAACAGUUAAAUAAUGUGCAUCACUAAAAAGUUUUAUCAAAUGCAUAGAGGUAUGUGAAAUAGAUAGUGAAUGGACAUUGUGAAUGUUUCAUGUAACAUUAUCAUUUAGGAUUUUCAUACAGUUUAACCAUCUCUAGAUUCUAACCGUACAAAUCCAACAGUCCCAGGUUACACCUUAUGUCAAAUCAGCACCAGCCUACAGCCAUUCCUUCAACUCAACACUCAUGGUUUUGUUUCAUGUAUAAUUCCUAGGACCCUAGUCAGCCUGGUCCUGAACGGUUGUCACCACUAUGGUCCGGUAGACGAUACUGUAGUAUUAAACCCAGAUCUCCAGACUCAGACUCUAUCCACAGACAGUGUGGCUACGGAGGAGCUGACUGGUGGUUAAUACAGACAGUAUACAAUGUGGAUACUCAGUGACUGACCGGUGGUUAAUACAGACAGUAUACAAUGUGGAUACUCAGUGACUGACUGGUGGUUAAUACAGACAGUAUACAAUGUGGAUACUCAGUGACUGAAUGGUGGUUAGUACAGACAGCCUGUUUCACUGUACACAUAUCAGGUUUAUCAUUUCAUUGCUGGUUGUUGUAUAUAUGUACAUUGUAUAUUUAUUUA